AAAGAAGCUUUAGGCCCCGAGAGAUGCAGCUCCCUCUCUCACCCAGCCUGUGCCUGACUCCGGAGGCGGUGUCUGGCCCAGAGGCAACAGGGCCCCGUGUCCCUUUAAGCAGGGAGUACAAAUUCUCAUCGCAGUCCCUCCCUCCUGCUCUUCCUGACGUCAGGAGGAGGGCGUGUGUGAGUGAGUGAGUGAGGGGCUCGAGGUGCUGCAUGCUCACACACACACACACACACACACACACACACACACACACACACACACACACACACACACGAGUCGUACCCACAACACAUCCUUCAGACCAUCCCCUGCUGGCCAGCUCCGAGCCCAGAGAGAGGCGGAGUGCUGAAGGCGGCUGCAGGAGCCAGUGCCUGGACCUCGGCAGCCAGGGAGAGACGGAGCCUGCGGCUGGUGCGGCUGCCGAGCAGGGCCAGGCCGGGCCCUGCCCGCAAGGACGCCCAAGCCCUUCGCCGGCCCCUGUGCCCGAGAGCCCACCAGGCUCUCUUGCUGGACCCACCAUGACUUCAGAGCCCACGUCACCCCCAGUAGUGCCCCCUCUCCACUCCCCCAAGUCUCCUGUCUGGCCCACCUUCCCCUUCCACCGGGAGGGCAGCAGGGUCUGGGAGCGGGGCGGCGUCUCGUCCCGGGACCUGCCCAGUCCUCUGCCCACCAAACGGACCAGGACGUAUUCAGCGACAGCCCGUGCCUCGGCUGGCCCCGUGUUCAAGGGCGUCUGUAAGCAGUUCUCACGCUCACAGGGCCAUGGCUUCAUCACCCCUGAGAAUGGAUCCGAGGACAUCUUUGUGCAUGUGUCUGACAUCGAGGGGGAGUACGUGCCCGUGGAAGGCGACGAGGUGACGUACAAGAUGUGCCCCAUCCCGCCCAAGAACCAGAAGUUCCAGGCUGUGGAGGUGGUGCUCACCCAGUUGGCCCCACAUACUCCCCACGAGACGUGGUCCGGCCAGGUCGUGGGCUCCUAGGCCGGGGGGGCUCACGUGUCAGCUGCCGGGCAGGUGGGGAGCCACACAGGGUAGGCAGGCCGCCGCGGGCUCCAGGCCCCUGCACCUGCCGGGUCCCCCGGGCGGCCUCGGCGUACACGUGUCUGUCUGUGCUUGUGACCGCGAGCACGUGCCUCCAUCCACCCCCCCGUGACCCACGACUGUUGUGUGAGCUGGACCAAAGGUGAGGCCCCCCGGGCCUGCCUUCUUGUUGUCGGCUCUCUCCUGCCCCUCCCUGCCACAUCCGCACAGGACCCUCUCGCCCUUCUGUCCCCUGAGCCCCUGGGGCCUGCGUCGGGCCUGGGCCUGGGAGGCAGGGGGCGCCAGUGGGCCCCUCCCCGUGCAAGCCGGUUCCCCUUGCCUCUGCCCCAGGCCCAGCCCAGGGCCAGAUUCUGCUUGUGCUACUUAACACCUCCCACCCUGGGCUUGGGUCUCCCGCGGUGGCCUGGACCCCUUGCCACAGAAGCCAGGCCAGCGAGAGCUCUGGGGGAGCCUCCCAGCCUCUGGCAGGGAAGAAGGCAACCCCUGGAGUAGCAGACCCCUCCUCACUGCCACGGGCCCAGCUUCCCUUCCCUCCAUCUGCUCUCUCCUCUCAGCAUCCCCGAGAGGCAGGCAAGGAGCCGAGGGCAGAGGUGGUUUUGGGGUCUCGGUCCCUCCUCCUCCUCCUCCUCGGCUUGGCAAUGGCUCUGUGAGCUCCAAGGCUGCAUCCUCUCCCCUGGGCCGCGCUGAGCCAUGCUGCCACCACUCUCCGAGACGCAGAUCUGUGGAGGGGUGGGGGCACAUCUCCCCCUGCUUGGAUGGAGCCAGCCCCUUCGCCCUGACCCACAAACUCCGCUGAUGCUCUGCCCAUGCCCAGAUAAGGCUGCCGAGGACCUGGCGAGGCAGACGCACGUCCCCUCAGGCAGCGCCAGGCCUGGGCACCCACAGGAUGGCCCUCAGCCCGAGACCACUAGCCCUGUAGCCCCUCGCUGGACCCUCUCCCCGAAGCACUACUGCUGGCCCCCACUAGGCCAGUGGCUGAGGUGUGUGGUCCCAAUCUCAUGCGUUGAGUCCCUUAAAGGGGGUGUGUGUGUGUGUGUGUGUGUGUGUGCAUUCACUCUCGGGUGGGGGGUUGGUCUGGCCUGCGAGGCCAGAAAGGAGAGGCUUCGCCUCAAUUCCCCCCAUCACCACCACACCCCUUCCUAGAAAACACAUUUGAUGCAAUAAGAAAUGGGGGUUGAGGGAAAGCCUGCCAGGGACAGUAAGCCUUGAGACAGGGUCUGUGAGUAAAACAGGGGCUCAAAUGCCCAGGAUGAGGGUUAUCUGUUUAGAAGGAUCCCCAGUACUGCAGGUACCCCUUGGGCCUCGGGGUAGAGAUCAGCUGGGGUACGUGCACCCCAGCCCCCAGGCUCUACCAGGCUGGGUGGGGGGUCAGAGCUGCUGAGAAACAGAAUGGCCCAGCCUGACACCCCAGUCUGAGCUGGAGCUGGCCUGACAAGGCCUGAGGACUUGUCCCAGAGGAAUAAGGACUCCCUGGCUUCCUGGGUGGAAGGUUUAUUGGUGCAGGUGAACUCCUGGAAGCUCCCCCCCCCAAGACUCCCUCCUGUGAGCAGACCCCCCCCCCUCCGUUUUUAGGCACUAGCCAGUAGACAGGAUGUGGCAACAUCAGCCCCAGGGCUGUCUGGGAGGCAGAGGGGCGGCAGUACCCCUCCAAACCCAUAGCCCUGCAGUGUGGAGUCAGAAAUCCUCCCAAGACCCCCAGCCGCCUGGACUCCGCCCCCCCCCCCCCCCCCGCCC